CCUCUCCGAGCACUCGCCAUUUAUUAAAAAAACAAAUUAUAUAGAAAUAUUUAAAAUUUUAAUACAGCACAGCUUAGGAAUGGCGCUCAUUUUUUCAUCCGUAACUCAGAUCUAAUUUUACAAUUUUGAUGGUGGCAGGAGGGAGUGAAUAUCCUUGUUUUUCACUCUAGUUUUUGUUGACUUGGGCUGCUUUUCUCCCAUUUUUACCCUGCUUACCAGAUCAGAUCUCGCUAAGGGUUUUGUUUCCAGGGUUUAAUAGAUGCCUCACGGAAUGGCUUCAGGGGCGAUGGCGUCCUCAUAUUCUACUCCAGUCACUGCUGUACAGGUGGGGACUUAUUUCGUUAAUCAGUAUUACCAAGUUCUGCAACAGCAGCCCGAAUGUGCGUACCAGUUCUAUACAGAGAUGAGUACCAUGUCUCGCGUGGACCGAGAUAAACAAGAAACGGCUUCUGGGACGAUGGAAAUUCAUAGCCGUGUGAUGUCUUUGAACUACACUGGCUGUCUCAUUGAGCUCAAAUCAGCAGACGCUCAAGAUUCAUUAAGUGGAGGGGUACUUGUUAUGGUCACUGGCUCUAUUCAAAGAAGGGACAGAGAGGUCAAAAGGAAUUUUGUUCAAACAUUUUUUCUUGCACCUCAGGAGAAUGGUUACUAUGUAUUAAAUGAUAUUUUUAGAUUCUGUGAGGAAGAUUCUUAUGUAGAGAAGCAAUUUGAUGCACUUACAAAUGGUGAUCAUGAGCCUCAGUUGAAGUCAGUUUCACCUGCGACUGAACCAGCCCUAGAGCCUUCUUCCCCUGCUACAAUUGAAUUGAAAAGGGAGUUUACUACUGCUACCACUGUUGAGGAAGAAGCAAUAGUUGAGGAAUACAAUAUUUCUGAUCAGCAAGAAUUUCCCAUACUUGAAGAUAAAUUGGAGGAUGUCUCAAUGGAAGUCUCGAUAGCAGGCACAUCUGCUGCUGUUCCAUCUAUGGAAACUGCUUCUGCUUCUGCUCCUGUUGAAGAAACUACAGGGGAAGUUACCAAGCAUACUUAUGCCUCCAUUCUUCAGGCAUCCAAGGCAAUGAAUAAGGCUUCACCUUCAACCACUUCACAAUCUUACCAGGCACCAUCAAAUAAGCCUAUUGUGGUAGUUUCAGAGCAGCAUCCUACAGCGCAGCCUUCACAACAAAAUCAAUCAUUAAAUGCCUCAACAGAAAUUGAUGAAUCACAGCCCAAUGCUUCUGAUGAUGGUGCUGGCUUAGAAAAUGGAGGUGAUGGUAGAUCAAUUUACAUUAAGAAUCUUCCUUUGACUGUUGCUGCUGUUGAUCUGGAAUUGGAGUUAAAGAAGUUUGGAAAAAUUAAACAUGGAGGCGUUAAUGUGGUCAAUAGGAAGGAUACUGGAGUCUGUUAUGCUUUUGUAGACUUUGAGGACUCGUCCUCUGUUCAAAGUGCUGUUGGGGCAUCCCCAAUACAAUUUGGUGGUAGACAAAUAUACAUUGAGGAGAAACGGACAAGCAAUACUCCACGUGGGAGAAGAGGUGGACGAGGAAGGGGAUUUCAGAAUGAAGGUGUGAGAGGUCGGGGAUAUUAUGUCUCACGUGGCCGGGGAGGUGGACAAGAGGCUGGGAGGGAGUACUUCAAUAGAGGAAGGGGUGGUGGUGGUCGAGGAAAUCUUGGAAAUGCAGGUGGAAAUUCCUUCAGACUUCCUAGACGGUCUGGUGGAAGCCAAAUUGUGCAAAAUGGUGCUGCUGAUAAAAUUUCUGAUGAAGCAGUCUAGUACACUUUAGAGCACCUAGUUCAGCACAACAAAUUUCUUUCCGUGUGUAAUCUUUUAAGAUGCUCGUUCACUGUAUGAGCUAUUUUUAUCCAGCACUUUUCAUGUUGCCCGGUUUAUGUAUGCAUACCAUUCUAGUUGGAAUAUUUUCGUAGGCUGGCAGACUGAUUUAUGGUGGCAGUGGAUCACUGAAGUUGGAUGCCCCUGAGGCAAAAAGAUAUGCCGACGAUUUUGCAUCCAUUUCUGUACCCUGUUACCUGUCAUUAUACUUUUUAUUAUCAAUGCUUUAAAUUCUUGAUGUAUGUUGGCAAACUUCACAAGUAGAUUGCAUAAGAUGUUCUCGAUUCUGAGAUUUCUUAA